AUGUUGAAAUGGGAGCAAUCAAAGCAAGGGCACCCUGAGGCCCCUGAGGCCCCUGAGGGCCCGACAGAGGAUCUGAGAGCGGCUUCAUUCUGCGAUUACACGAGAGGAGAGGUGCCAGAGGAUGAGGUGCAGGAGGAGGAGGAGGUGCCAGAGGAGGAGGUGCAGGGGGAGGAGGAGGUGCAGGGGGAGGAGGAGGUGCAGGAGGAGGAGGUGCCAGAGGAGGAGGUGCAGGGGGAGGAGGAGGUGCAGGAGGAGGAGGAGGUGCCAGAGGAGGAGGUGCAGGGGGAGGAGGAGGAGGCACAGGAGCAGCUGGGGUCAGGGUGA